GGCGGAUAUGAAACAUUCAAAUUCGAAACAUGGAUGAGAGAAUGAUAGGAUUUAAUUUUUUCAUCAAAGUGUUCAGAUAAGGCAGGUUUUAUAACUUCUUGCUUGUAUACUGACACAGAACACAUUUCAUGUAUUUCAUGUCGCAAGCAGCCCUAUCAGAGUACGUGUAGCACUGCCAUAAAGUGCAAAGGUAUACUUUCUACUUCUUGUUCCUCGUGGACAUUUCCUCCUUCUCACCUCUUCAGUCUUUUACAGCUUUUCCGGCAUUUGGUUUGUCUGAAACUCAGGGAUCCUUAUAUAAAUAAACACAAUGACUCCUUUUAAUAUAUUUAAGUUUUUUUUAAACUAAAAGCUCAACAGCUAAAUAAGCUGAAUAAGAAGGAAAGUGAGGAACGGCGUUGAUGGAUCAUAAAUGGUUAGCUAGCAGGAGCAGUCGGUGGAAUCUUAUACAAGGAACAAAGGUCACUGCUGUGCUGGCUGCUUUUGAGCAACAGGUGAAAGGGGUUCACCUCAGAGAGUGGAGGAGGAAGAUGGAGAAGACCUACACACCUCUCUUUCUGCUGUGGCUGACAGUGCUGACAUUUCUGACCGAAAGCACAACUGUUGCGGUGAAAAAUGACAGCCGACUGAUUGUAAACCUGACGAGGACGCAUCUGCAAGUCAUCCCUCGUAACGACAACACGGCAGAUGUUGCCAGAUUAGAAAUAAGCAGGAACAUGAUCACACUGAACAAGACAGACCAGGAAGCCUUGGAAACCUAUCCUUCACUUGAGGAACUCUAUUUGGACAGCAAUAUGGUCACUUCUGUAGCAGCCCAUAGCUUCUCCAAGCUCCCAAACCUCAGGCUGCUGUCUCUUUCCAGGAACAACAUCAGCAGAUUGAACUCAGAAGCUUUUUCUGGCUUGAAUUUCCUGACAGAGCUGGAUCUGUCUCACAACAAGUUGACGGCCCUUCCUUCACAGCUGACCUGGAGCCUUAAACACCUACAGGCGAUUCACCUCCAGGGCAAUCCGUGGAACUGCUCCUGUUCACUGCUAAGCACCAUGGGAAAGAUAGCAGUCACCAUUGCUCCACACAUCCUCUGCGCAUCUCCAGCAGACCAGGCGGGGAAAAGUCUCCAGAUGGCUUCAGCUUUGUGCUCCAUAUCUCUACCACUCGCUUCCUCAACAGAGCCACAGAAAACCACCAUCCAGCCCCAGCAGCCUCCACGGUCAACUGUAGGACUUGAAAACACAUCAACUGAGAACGCCAGGAACAGCACUGUGGGUGGGAACAUGUGGAAGUUUACAGCAAGCGUGGGAGUCCUGGUUUUGACCACCUCCGUGCUGAUUGUAACUGCAAUCAAAGGACCUUCCUGGUACAAAAGCUUCUACAACUAUCGACAUCGGCAGCUGCGGGAUGAAGACGAUGAGGAAGAUGGAGACAACGCGUCAACGGUUUUCUCUGUGAAAGGAGACCACCAGACCCAUCAGAUGUUCACCUUUGAGGAGGAGCCCAGCCAGAUACAAGAGGAAGAGGAGGAUGGGUUCUUUGAGGAUCCAUACACCAAGAGAGAAGGUCUGACACCAUGAAGAAGAAGACAGGAAGUCGAAGACCGUCCAAAGACUUAGGAAGUUAUUGAUAUACAGUAGCUCUCUUUGAACUUUGAGCAAAUUGGAGUUACAGACUUUUUUCUGUUUGCAUGACAGUGCCGAGACAGUUUUUGACCACUAACAGGUCACACAUGUACACAAAUUUUUUGUCAGUAGCUCCACAACAUUAGACAAUAUAAAGCUCAGCAUGCUUAAGCGCUGGAUCUCCUGAAUUACAGACCAAAGCCGGUACUCUGACAACAGCCAGACACAAAAAAAUGGGAAUUUUAUUAGUGAUUUAAAUGUUUUUUUUUUUAUUAUUGUAUUGAUAACUUCUAUGGGAUUAUUAACAAUAAAGACGUGUUUCAGAAGUUUUAUGAACCA